CUAAAGCGACUGAGACACGUAUGUGUAAGCUCCGGCUAGAUCGUCUGCUGCAGUCAUUCUACACGAGGAAUAAAUGAAUGACACAGGAUAGCCAACGUUCAGAGAAGCUCGCCACAGCGUGACAUGGAGACGCGCAAGCGUCCCACCAGCGAACAUCAAAACUCCAUCGGUGACAGCAACCUGGCUCCAAGCCGAAACCCGCAGCUGGAGGAUGGCUGGGCAAGCGGGGAUGGUCACCAUAACAGCAAAGACCACGCUGGUGGUGCACGAGAAGAGUGGCGUAGCAUCGCACUCCUGCUGUUUCUGUACGUGCUCCAAGGCAUCCCACUGGGCCUCGGUUCAGCUGUGCCACUGUUGCUUCAGAACAGGCAUGUCAGCUACAAGGAACAAGCCCUGUUCAGCUUCGUCACAUGGCCCUUCAGCGUGAAGCUCCUAUGGGCACCCAUCGUAGACUCUUUGUACUCGAGCCGUUUUGGCCGGCGCAAGUCUUGGCUGGUGCCCACUCAGUACGCCAUUGGCUUGUCCUUCUUCUGGCUGUCGUCGCACGUGCGGUUCCUGCUGGGCGACGAGGAAGGCAGCAGCACAACGCAGCCCAGCGUCCUCUUGCUGACAGUCAUUUUCUUGUCGCUAAACUUCCUGGCUGCUACUCAGGACAUUGCCGUCGACGGCUGGGCCCUCACAAUGCUCUCAAGGAGGCACGUAGGCUAUGCCUCCACAUGCAAUUCUGUGGGGCAAACGACUGGAUAUUUCUUGGGCAACGUGGUCUUCUUGGCUCUCGAGUCUGCAGACUUCUGCAACCGUUACCUGAGGUCUGAACCUCAGAAGGAUGGCAUUGUCACUCUUGAUGGGUUCCUGUAUUUCUGGGGCAUCGUAUUCAUGGUGACGACCACCCUAGUGGCCGUGCUGAAACACGAGCGUGACGCAACUGCCACGGACGACGAUGGCCACCCUGAUCUGGACAUUGCUCAAACCUACAAGAUGGCACUUCGUAUCUUUCAGCUGCCCAGUGUCCGCACAUUCUGCAUUUUUCUGUUCACAUGCAAGGUCGGCUUCGCCGUGGCUGACAGCGUGACGGGUCUGAAGCUCCUCGAGGCUGGCUUGCACCGGGAAAAUUUGGCCCUGCUGGCAAUACCGAUGGUGCCCAUUCAGAUUAUGCUGCCACUGAUGAUAAGCAAGCAUACAGGUGGCCACAGGCCACUCGACGUGUUUUUCAAGGCCUAUCCAUACAGGUUGCUCCUUGGAGUGGUGUUCAUGAUUCUCCUCCACUGGACAUAUCAUGUCAAGAAUCCAGAUGGAACCUUCCCCAUCUACUACUAUGCAAUCAUUGUUGUUGUCUACGCAGUACACCAGGUGACCGUGUACAGCAUUUUUGUGUCCCUGAUGGCAUUCCACGCAAGAGUGAGUGACCCCGCCAUUGGGGGAACUUACAUGACUCUCCUCAACACCAUCACCAACCUUGGCGGCAACUGGCCCGCGACGCUUGCACUGUGGAUGGUGGACAGUCUCACUUUCAAGAGCUGUGUUGGUGCCGCUCAGGGAUGGCUCCACUGUUCCUCCAAGGAAGACCUGGAUGCAUGUAGCAGCCAAGGAGGCAUCUGCGAGACUACGUUAGAUGGCUACAACAUUGAGAUGGUGCUCUGCAUCGUGCUUGGCUUCCUGUGGCUCCUCUCUGCGCGGCGGUGGGCGCACUGGCUACAGUCCCUGCCGCAGUCUGCGUGGAAGUGCACUUGAUCAUGCUGCAAAUGUGAAGCUACGCACAAGAAACUGCAAUGGAAACUUCAACGACAAGCUGUGGAACUGGAUGCCACUUCUUCAGUCACUCAUGCAUUGUAUAAAACUCGCACUUUGGUUUGUUGUGAAAAGCUAUGCCUGAGCUGUUCAGGCAUCUGUGGUACUGUACAUUUGUUAGGUCAAAAAGCAUUCCAACAUUUUCAAAUGUCUCUGUACAAGUUUAUACUGUAUGAGCGUGAUCAUGUUUUCCUAACCAAAAGUUUUAUAGUCGCCUUUGCGACUAAGUAAGAGACGUGAAGACUUAUUGGAUUCCAUGAUUCGCCCAAGUUUUAUGUCUAUUCUGUUGCAUGCAGCGAAAAAGGAAAAUUCAUCGACGAUUACAAUACUCCCUGAUGAGAAAUUUGAGUGCAGCUGUUUAGGUGCUUUGAAUUCCACCGGUUGCGCCGCUCAUUGUUCAGAAAGGAAGCGUGAAUGUGUGGCUCGCGUAGAGCGCAUUCUCCAGCGGCGGCAGCGCAGGCAAAGUAGCGCAUGCUUAAUGAGACUGAAGCCCACGCCAACACUUUGUUUCCAUAUAUGGUACCAGUGGAUGUGCUCGUCACAUGGCUUAGUAACGACGUCAUCGGUGACCGGGUGACAGCACCUGCUACUAUGGCACCAUCUCGUAGCAGAUCAUCGCCGUAGUGCACGUCGUGGUGCUUCGCCGUAGUGCACUCCAUUUGGCAUCAAAGACAUUAAUUGAUUGAAGAGCAGCACAUACCUAGGGUCCUUCAUUUUCAGAUAAAACCUGAUAACUCCUCAAUUUUGUACCCCUAACAAAAUUUAUAAAACUCUGAUUGAACCCCAUUUCUCCCCAUGUUUGCCCUUUCUUGAAGGAUAAUAAUAAAUGCAGGUGUUAGAAAACUAAUGAACGCUGCCCACCUUUCGUGAUAAGAGUGGUCAAGAUAUAUCAAUAUUAUUAUUAUUACUAAAUGAAUGCAGCAAGCACCUUAUUUUCACUUAAACACUUAAAUAUAUUCACUGUAUGCUGCCGUUCACUGAAUGAAAGCUUGUUGCUCUUUUAGUUAGCCACAUUUACAUGAAUACGAUAGUGGCACAUUGCAUUGCACUUCCCCACACCUUGCAUACAUGCAUACAUGCAUACAGUGGUAAUGUAUUUGGAAGCGAAUUAACACAGUGCUGAUUCGCUCUGUUUUGCAAACGGGAGUCGUGAUGUUGAGAGGAUGUUUACCUAACUACGCUACAUUCUAAGAAAGGUGGCUGAUUCUUCUAGUCAGUUCUUCAUUAAUUUUGUUGCAAGAGUGUAUAUCAGUAAUGAGUAAAACGGGGCGACAACAGACCAACAUGUCUAGGAUGGAGACAGAAAUGUUCAAAAUGUGCAUGAUAUAAUGUAUGCCAGCAAGGGUUUGUGAGCUAAGGAAAGACAUCAUAUCUCCUGUGAAGCAUGCCGGUGUGCGCUACUUUUCGUAUACUUUAUUAUUUUGUUGAAAAACUCGCAGUUUUGUCUGAAAGGCGAAGCAUUGAUUGCGAUAGCAAAUUAUUAGACAGCUAUACGCAGCAAAGUUAGUAGUUUUAUCAGCUGUAUAAGCUAUUGUAAUUGUUUGCUUACUAACUAAUUAACAAGCAUGGUGUCAUGCACACACAGGCAAAUCUGAACACAUCUCACUCGACGAUUUCAGACACUUGCUGUCAGAACGCUAGUGUGGUGAAGAGCAGCAGUGGUGAGCGAAUUCCCCUUUCUACUUCUUUUUGCUUCAGUAUGAACUAGGCAAGCAAGAACACAGUGUAAACAAAGCCAUCAGGUAUCUCCAGUCGGCUAGCCUUCGAACCCACCACAGAUUGCCUCCAAGAUAGGAUGCGCGCCGCCUCGUGAGAAGACACCCCUGCACCAAGUCACCAUCCUUCUCGGCUCACCUUCAGAUGUUUUCCCUUGCACCUACAACAAACGGUGUGAGGCCGCAAUCUUAUCACACAUUGACUUUAUAUGAAGCAUCAUGCCAGUGGCGGAAAUUCGUCUGGUGUGUCCAUAUAAUUUAAAUCGCAAUAAAAGUGCAGAGAACGAAGUAAAGAAGGCAUUACCAAACCCAUCCCUAUUUAUUAGUUUUGUUAACAUAUGUGGGGUUUUUCUUAAAUUUAGUUAAAACUCGAUAUAACAAACUUCAAUAUAACGAAAUUCUCGAUAUAAGGAAGUAUUUAACUUUUCACAACCUCUUGACUAUAGAACACCAUGUAUUUAGAACCUCAUUAUAAGAAGUGUGUUUGUAGGCGAAUUCAAUAUAUCGAAAUUUCGCUUCCACCACAGAGGAAUGCCGAGACGAUAAAUGGAAACUUCCGCGGACGAAGAUGGUCAAAUGAUUGACCACCGAAGUGAAGCUGCGCCACGUUCCGUAUAAAGUCUAAGUGCGAUAAGAUCCUAUCGCGCUCCGCGCAGUGUGCUUCAGGCGCGAGUGAAAGUGUGCGAGAGUGAGACAAGAAAGAUGGCUUCACGAGUGCCGCCUUCCCGUGCAAGUAAAGGGAAAAGGGUAGGCGAGCGAGCUCGCGGUAACGCGUUCAAGCGUGCGCGAGGGGGCUGGGAGGGUAAGUGGGUGCGCGUCUCGGCCGUGGCUGCCCAUGGCUGCAAGCGCGGCUGAGCGCAUACGCAGCCGCACACUCUGCUUUAGAGGUAAUCUGCCACGUGUGCAAAGAGUGGGCACGCCGAGACGGCAUGGCAUCAUGUAAGCUGUCUUUCCGCGCCUUUAGUAUUUUGCGUAAUCUCGAGUUUUGGUGGCCCGUCGGAGCGAGAGGCAGGAAAGCAUUCGCGCCCCGUUGCCGGCGCUUUUCAUGAUAGCGUCGUCCCAGUGCAGGCGAUGCCAUAUCAGCCGGUGGGGCGGAGUGCACGCGAAAGCGUGGCUCCGCCCCACUGGCACUGGCACAUACCCAGUAACACAAGUUGGUGUGAAAUGGGUUAACUGAUAAGCAGUGCAUAUCCAAUCUCGCAUAUCCGUGACCAAAGAUGGUCCAACAAUUGGUUUGGAAACCGUUUCCUCCAUCACAGCAGCCCGGUGCUCUAACCAUUAGACCAUGGGCUACCCAGUGACCUAAGUUUGUGCGAAAAUGGUUAGAGACAGACAGCCCCUCGAAAGUGCGUGAAGUACCCUAACAAUGCUAAUCACAUAAAAAAAAUCGUCAACCUAUAUUUAUGACCACUGCAGGACGAAGGCCUCUCCCAGCAAUCUCCAAUCACCCCCUCCCUGUCUUGUGCUAGCUAAUUCCAACUUGUGCUGCAAAUUUCCUUUCUCUUGGCACCCAUUCUGUAACUCUAACGGCCCUACGCAUUACAUGGCCUGCUCGGCUCAUUUUUUUUUUAUCUGACUCAACUAGAAUAUCAGCUGUCUCUGUCCCUCUGAUCAUUAGAAAGUAGGGGAGGGAUAAAGCUGCAAUCGUACACGUGUCCGUAAGCAUUGUCAUCUUCCUCAUGGUGGCCAUAAUGACAAAUCAGUGUAUUCGCAGAUCCAAUAUGAAUGCAUUUCUUUAAAACCACAUCCCUAGCAGAAUGGAGUAGUGUACCAGCUGACAGUAGAUCGAGUGAAUUGUUUUACACUACAUGCCACAAUCUUUUGGGCAUACUCAGUAGUUACCAUUUACAAGGGCACAUUGAACUGGAACGCUGCUCUCCUAAAUCUGACUGCGCAGUAAAACUUGUGACCAAAGUUUCAAAGACUCUUGAAUGCCAGAUCCAUUUACUAUGACAUAUUUAUUGAUGAUAAUAAAAAAGAUUGUUUCACA